AUGUCGUUCGCCUGUUCGAUUUUGCGUAUAUUUGAUCAAUCUGUAUUUAUCAUUUCCCUAACACCCGUCCGCUCCCCGUUCCAGGCGUCCACCGCCUGCCACCUUGUCCUGUUCAUCCACCUUCACCUGUUCCCCCUUCCUUUCCCCAUACCAGCCCUUUUGGUUUUAUUUCAUUUUUGUUUACCUCCUUUCCUCUUCCAACCAGUCUGUGAUAUUGUUGUUCUCGAUUCGAACUCCGAGAGCGGACCAUGUAUUCAAACAUCGGCGUUACUUGCAGCAGAAGCAACAAACUUAUUACAAAGUUGUUAUCUAUCUAUCUAUCUAUCUAUCUAUCUAUCUAACACCACUUAUCUAAAUUUGUCGUGUAUUAUGUGUGUACGCGCACACACUCAGACAUAUACUCCUCUCUCUCUCUCCUAUAAGUUUUCUUUGCUUAAAAUAAACAUUCCUAUAAGCAUAAACAGCGAAUUCUUUUCUUUCGAAACUUUUAAUAACACUGCUUCUUUUUUUCAGAAAAGUUUUAAUUAUCUUAUCUCUCAGGUUGUCAUUCGUGUUUUUGCUUGGCUGAACUCUUGGUUUAUCUAUCUAUCUAUCUAUCUAUCUAUCUAUCUAUCUAUCUAUCUAUCUAUCUAUAUACACACAUACACACGAUAUUUCUUCAUCCCCGUAAUUUUCUAUCUAUCUAUCUAUCUAUCUAUCUAUCUAUCUAUCUAUCUAUCUACUGUAUUCCUUUCCUAUCUAUCUAUCUAUCUAUCUAUCUAUCUAUCUAUCUAUCUAUCUAUCUAUCUAUCUAUCUAUCUAUCUUUAAAAAUCGUAACAAACAAGUUUGUCCUUGCAUGUCAAUAA